AUGACGCACCCGAUGGCACCACAAUCACACAAUAUGACAGCUCCAACGAAGGCACCAGAAUUACAUAAUGACUUAAGCGAUGCCUCCAACAAUAGCACCAGAAUCACACGACGGCUCCAAAGUUACAUACCGACUUCAGCGAUGACUCCAACAAUAAUUACUUCAAAAUUCUG